UUUGGGAGGGGGAAGAGGAUGUUUUACACGGUUAAGCUUGGGACGGGGGGCAAAUCCCCCAUGUACUUUUUCAAGGCAGAAGCACAAAAUUACAAAACAGAUCAGAAGAGAUGUAGUCAGCUUCCUGGGCGCAGCACUGCCCUGCAGCGCUGUCUUGGUGUUGUUCCAUGACCCUGUCAUGGCACAGAGGCUCCAGGUUGGCUUCCAACAAUAUAUAGUAUAUAUAUGCAGGUGGCCAACACUGGCAAACAGGGCAGAUAUUCCUAGAAUUUUAACCUUUGUAAGAGUUACUCCAGACAAACUGCUAUAAGUGUCAGAAAGCAGUCAUGUCCUCACUUUGUAUCUUCUUCAAGGUUGUCCCCCAAAAUAAAGCCCUUUGUUUCAUUCUCCUGAUUGUCACUGAACAAGGAUUUGUCCAAAUAGUCACCACCUAUUUGAGUGCUGUUCGGGGUUGGGGGACAGUGCCAUGACAGGUCCUAGUCCCUCGGAGUCUGAGGAGAUUGAGUGUCCAACAUUUAUCACAGUGGCCAGCACAAAGCAGGACCUGGGACAUUGCUGAUUUCUGUUUAUAUUGUGAAUAAUUUCUCUACAGAUACAUUCCUGAUAUAAAAACAUCCACUGUCCAGGGUGGAGCUCCUCCCUCAGUGCCAGACUGGUCGCCACAGAGACUGAAAACCCCCUUCCAGCCCCACCAGCAAGGCGCAUCUGGUCCCCUCCAGAGUUAUUUAGACAACUUCUUGCAUGCCCCUGACGUUUAUGGGGUCGCAGACGAAGAAGGUGCUGCUCACACCCCUCAUGCAUCCUGCUCGCCCCUUCCGGGUCUCCAACCAUGACAGGAGCAGUCGCCGAGGGGUGACCGCCAGCAGCCUGCAGGAGCUCCUCACCAAGACCCUGGAUGCCCUGGUUAUCGCCAGCGGACUGGUCAUGUUGGUGUUGGAGGAGGACGGCACCGUGGUGGACACGGAGGAGUUCUUCCAGACCCUGGGGGACAACACGCACCUCAUGCUCCUGGAGAAGGGACAGAAGUGGACACCGGGUGGUACCUACAUCCCAGCCCGCCAGCUGCCAAAGAGACAGGGGAUCGUGAGAGUCACCUUCGACUUGUACAAGCUGAACCCCAAGGAUGUCAUCGGCUGCCUCAACGUGAAAGCCACUAUGUACGAGAUGUACUCGGUGUCCUACGACGUCCGGUGCCCGGGUCUCAAGGCCCUGCUGAGGAGCCUGCUGUGGUUCUUGUCUCACACCGCCCAAGUGACCGGCCAGUGUCUCGUCCACACGGGCACCUACAUGCUCCGAGUGCUGGCUGACACAGAGGAGCGGGCGGUGCCCGGCUCGCGCCCUCGCCGGGUGAUCAUGAGUGGAUAGGGGCGCACAGUGCGGAGUCUCCGCUGGCCUCAACCCCGCAGGUCCCUCUCCAGGGGACGCAUCUGGAAGACACUGUGUUCCCACCACGUGUCCCCUGCUCAGGAAUGGGUGGGGAUGGGGUGGGGGGACGGAGGCAGCACAAGGCCUGCGGCUCGACAAUAAACCAGUCAAGAGAGUCGCUGUGAUACCGCACUUCUUCCUCCUGUCUUCUUCGUGUCAGAAAAGCACACAAAACUUGCAGAAGCAAAACUCAGCCAGAGAUGCACUGCUAACGCGUGCAAUCACUUUUAAGUCUGUCAGGAGACAGGAGGGUCAGAUGUUACUGUGGGGUUUUAUAAUGUCGGUCCUGAAUGAGCCCAGUGACCUGAAAGCCUCUGGAUCUGAAUUUUUGGAGGUGAUCAAGCUGCACUGGCAACCUUUCCUUAAAACAAAGCUGCUCCAAACCGGGGCUUGAUGCAGGACGGGCAUGGCGGAGUCGGGCGGGACCCCAGGCCACGAGGGACGCGGG